AUGUAUCUGUCGACUACUUCCCUCGCACACUGGUGUCUUUUUGCCCUAUCGGCGACAGCUCUUCCCAACGCCGUAAAUCAUGCGUCUCCUCCCAUCUCCAUUCAGAUGGCCCAGUCGAUCAUCUCCCGGAGCCAGGGUAUCCUGAUCAGCCAGACCGACUCCUCUGCCCUAUUGCAGGCUGGAUUUACGCAGAAGACGUUCCACGAGAUCCUCUCCACUUAUGCAAACAGUUCCUUGGCCCCAGCACUUAACGCCUACAUUACUAAGAGCGCCGACUCUGUGGUACCUGUCGUCUCCAACGCAACGCGCGACACGAAAUACCCAUUGGACCGUCUGAGCAGCGGAAACGGUCUACUACGAUUAUGGCAGGAAACCGGGGAUGAAAAGUACAAAACAGCAUUCGAAGCAUUGAGAAAGAGUGUGGAUUUGCAGCCUAGAAAUGACCAAGGCGGGUUAUGGUAUUAUGUCUACCCGUACUGGAGUUACCUGGAUGGCAUGUUUAGUCUGACUCCGUUCCUCGCCGCAUACACAAACGAUGUUGGUAACUCUGCCAUGACUGAAGAUACGCUAGAAGACAUGGUCUUCCAACUCGAUCUGCUAUGGCAGCGCUGUUACUCGCAAGAAACAGGUCUCCUAGUACACGGUUACGAUGCCAGCCACACAGCAGUCUGGGCCAAUAGCGCUACAGGCGCCAGCCCGCACGUGUGGGGACGCAGUCUGGGAUGGUACUGUAUGGCACUCAUCGAUACGCUCGAAUUGCUCCCCGCGAAUGCAAGCCACGCACGCCAGUACAUCGGAUCUCGGUUCCAACAACUCAUGCCCGCUAUCGUGGCAGCCGCAGAUGGAAAGACUGGGGCGUGGUGGUAG